CUUAAAAAGAAGUUACCAAUAUUCAUCUCGGAUAGAUUGUUUAAAUGCUGGACGAUGUUACGUUUAUAUGGGGAUCAUUGGUGGUCAUCAUGUGGAAAUUUAACCUAUGCAAAGCGAAGCUAUGGUUAUGCAGAGUUGUCAGGAAUUGCAUCAUUAAGAUAUGAGACUAAGGGCGGUAGAUUUGGACUUUGUGAAAAAUUUUUGUUCAACUUUUUCAUGUGA